ACCAGUAUGGUACCUCGAGCAUGUGUUUCGGACCGCGAGUACCGCGACUUGCGUUUUCACACUUCGGUAUAUUGUAAGCGUAAAUAAUCGCGAGUGAGACUUAAAGCUAGAAUUUAGUUAUCAAGUUUGAGUUAUUAAUUUAAAGAAACCGUUUCUGCGCUGUCUACAUAAUAAGUGAAUUUCUGAAAGUUCGAGGCAAGAAAAUCCAAGAUGCCUUUGCCGGCAGCAUUAGCUACGCGCCUUGCGAAAAGGGGACUAAUCACUGGAUCCGAAAAGCACGAAUCCGGGAAGAGAGAGAAGAAGAAAGUGCACGAGGAAGUGAUAGCUGAAGAUUAUGAUAACACGAAAGAAGAGAUUAACCAGAUUGACAUAUCCCAGAAAUUUAUGGGUUACAGUGGGUGCCCGAAUAAGUAUAAUAUUUAUCACGAAUGUACGAAAAAAUGUAAGGAGCUAUGGGGAAUGGGACACGUGCAACCUUCGGACAAAUACCUGAAGAAACAAAUGAGAUUAAUUCAAAAGUAUCCACUGCCGGAGACCUGGAAAGCCGUUUACGAUCCUGGAUCCGGACAACAUUAUUAUUGGGAUUGGUCAUCUGAUCUGGUAUCUUGGUUACCACCUGGUCAUCCCAGAUGUCAAAUAUCUCAACCUGCAUCUCAGUUGCGCGAAGAACUGCAUUUGAAAGCGGGAGAUCAAGAUGAUAACAUGUCGAGUGACGACAGUACCAGCGAUCAAGAACCAAUGGAAGUGGAGGAAAGUGAACCCGUCAAAAAAGAUAGGAAGAUCGAGACACGUACAAGAUAUAAAGGACCAGACAACAAGAGAGCCUAUAGAUCUGAUAGGAACGACGGUAAAGAUAUGAAAGAUCGUACUUUGGAUCCUAUGGACCCAGCAUCCUAUAGCGAUAUUCCUAGGGGAAAGUGGUCGGAUGGAUUGGCGAAACAUAACGAGGCUAAAACUGGUGCUGAUACGACCGCAUCAGGCCCUCUUUAUCAAAUGAGACCGUAUCCCAGUCCUGGCGCGGUGCUUCGCUCUAAUAGGGCGAAUAAAGCCGACUCGGAGUUGUCCAACAAACCGAAAGUUGCGUUUCCCGAAAAGUCGGAAUAAAAUAGACACAUUUUGUGAUAACAAUGACUUAAUUUUAUGUGAUUAUAUGUUAGUACGUUAAAAUAUAUUUAAUCAUUCUGUCCGGGAGAACAUUUUACUAUUGUAAGAUGUACAAUAAAUUCUUUUAUCGAACCACCAGAAA